AUGUUCGCAGCUCUCCGUCAGCCUCUUGCCCGUGCCUCGGCCGCCAAGCCCCUCGCCCGCGCCUUCUCCGCCUACACCCCCGCCCAGAACGCUGUUGCCCCCGCUUCCCCCAAGCUCGAGUACUUGUUGACCGAGACUCGUGGACGCGUCGCCCUUGUCACCCUUCACCGCCCCAAGGCCCUGAACGCCCUCUGCAACGGUCUCUUUGUUGAGUUGAACCAGGUCCUCAAGGAAUUCGAUAACAACAAGGAUAUUGGAUCCAUUGUCAUUACCGGCAGCGAGCGUGCCUUUGCCGCUGGUGCCGAUAUCAAGGAGAUGAAGGAUCGUCAGUUCAUUGAGAACUAUAGCGAGAACUUUUUGGGACACUGGACCCAGAUCACCACGAUCCGCAAGCCCAUCAUUGCUGCCGUCAACGGAUUCGCUCUUGGUGGUGGAUGCGAAUUGGCCAUGAUGUGCGAUAUCAUCUAUGCCGGUGACAAGGCCGUGUUCGGUCAGCCCGAGAUCAAGUUGGGAACUAUCCCCGGUGCCGGUGGCACCCAGCGUUUGGUCAAGGCUGUUGGCAAGUCCAAGGCCAUGGAGAUGUGCUUGACUGGAUCGGUCAACUUGACCGCUCAGGAGGCCGAGGCCGCCGGAUUGGUCAGCAAGGUUUACCCCGCCGAGCAAGUUUUGGACGAAGCCAUCAAGACUGCCUCCAAGAUCGCCAACUUGUCCGUCCCCAUUGUCCAGAUGGUCAAGGAUGCCAUCAACCAGUCGUUCGAGAUGCCCCUCCAGGCUGGUUUGACCUUUGAGAGAAGAUUGUUCCACGCUACCUUUGGCACUAACGACCAGAAGGAGGGUAUGAGUGCCUUUGCCGAGAAGCGCAAGCCCAACUUCACCAACAACUAA